UUUCGAUUCGGAAUACAACAGAAUAAUAUUCCCUCGUGUAUCUCUUUUUUUUUGUUAAGUUUUUCAGAAUAUGCUACUCGUUUUCAAAAACUAUGCGACAAUAAUAAUUGAUUAUGAUUCUAAUGAAUUGUUAUCAAUAUCCAAGUGAAUAAAGAAAUUAUGUCGGCCAAUAAAAAAGGAAAAUCACAAUCACCAGGGACAUCAUCAAUGUCCACUAAUACAGCAAUAUCAAACUCAAAAACCGUCAAUGACAAUUCCACAAAUGAAUCAGCACGAUCUCUUCCACCUCCAAUCAAUAUGAUCAAUAUGUCUGUCCAACAAGAUUAUCUAUCAACAUUGGUCUGGGAUGAUGAAUUUUUACAGAAGCACAAUAAACAACGAGAAUCGAUCAAACAAACAUGGAAUCGUAGGCAAAAAUUAUGCAAAAUAAUGGCCUUUUUUUCACAUAAUAUGAAUAAAGUUCCAACAAAUAAUGCGAUUUCAGAUUAUCAUCAACAAUCAACAUCGACCAGUUCAUUUGAUGAUCGAACAUAUGAUGAAAUGCCUUUCGAAAAACCGGCCAGUUUCAAUAAAAACAAAAUGAAAGAAGGACAAGAUCUGACUCCAUAUCAUAUCUAUGUUUUUCCCACUGCUUAUGAUGAUCUUUUUAAUGCUGGUAUUCAAUUCGUACUCACACCGAUCAUAUUGACACGUGAAAAAUAUAUGAUUAGCAUGAAACGGAUCAACGCCAGAAGUAAUGAUGAGUUGAACAUUUUAUUGGAUGCUUUAAUUGAUUAUGAAAUAUUAUGCCGUCUUUAUGAGCUAACGUCUAAUGAUCAUUCAUAUUCACGAUCAAUCCUUUUGUUGGCCAUGGAGAAAUUAUAUUACGCCAUCAAUUUGGGACAAUUUCCAGAUCAUAAUAUCGGUAUCCUUUCAUUGAUUAGUACAGUGAACAAUAUUCAUCUUUUCGACAAACGUUUAUUUAUCGAAAAACCAUCGAUCAAAAAGGCAUUCAAUAAUUUCUUACUUUAUUCCAUGGAUAAAUUGUUAUAUGAUCUUUAUCAUAUUAAAAAUUUGUUCCGAGUAUUUCGUCGUUUUGUUUAUUUUUUAGAUCAUUUCAAAUUGCCUAUGCCAGAAUCUCUAAAAAAUAACAAUCCGAUUGAUCAAUCAAUCGAUGAUCGAACAUAUGCUAAACAUUUUGCUCAUUGGUUUGCUGCCUGUGUUUUACCUACUUAUGCUAAAUGUCUCAAAUCAUAUAAACCGUCCGAUAUAUUUGGUUAUACAUUCAUUCGAGAUUUAUUGCCUAUUCUAUUUGAAAAUUUUCGUAUAGCCAUUUCCAAUGCUGAUCCGGAACUCGAAAUCGAUAUAUUCAUUGACGUAUUUAAGCUAGAUUUUAUGAAUCCAAAUAUGCCAUAUUGGUCCAUCACUUAUUACCAGAAUCGAUCACCAUUAAAUUAUUUAAUGUUGAGGGUUCAGUCUCAACUAAUGGAUGCAUAUUGUGAAAGUAGAACACUCGAUAAUGGUGAAACAAUAAUUAUUGGUAAUAUUUAUCCACCUGAAAAACUUGGUCGUUUGUUACGUUUUCAUGGAGAAUUAAUAAAACUUCGACCAUAUUAUAAUGAAUAUAUGAAAAUAUGCGAUGAAAAUAAACCGAAUCAUAGUUGUCAGUAUUGUGAUGUUAAAAAAUAUGUUUUAUGUCACAUACAUAAUCGUAUCAAUGAAAGUGAUGAUGAUAUGACUAAUGAUAUUGUUCUCACCCGGCAUCCAAUACCUGAUAAUUGGCUACAACGUAUCUUAUUCAAAUUGGACAGUAACGAAUUAGUUAUCUUCAUUUUUCUUACUGAUAAAUUUGAUCCGAAAAAAUUUGGACUGCAACCAAAUCGAAUGGAUUAUUAUUAUUCCCUUGAAGACAACUACAUGGUUCCCGAAUGUUUUCGUAUGGCAAUCAAUGAUCCAUUGUUACGAGGAAAACGUAACCAGCUUACUCGAUUUAUUGAACAAGCAAAACCACGUAGUCAAUUCCAUCGGGAAGUUUAUCAAGUUUUUGAUCGUAUGAUACGAAAUGAAUUGCCAGAAUUUCUUGAUCGUGCUCAGCUCAUCAAACGAUUGGGCAAUGGUUACGGAUCAUUAUCACCAUAUGAAAUUGAUUUUAAUCGAAUUAUGUUUACAUCAUUCAUGACUUCUGUUAAUACGAACAUGUUGAAUUCAUCUGUUAUGAGUCUAAUCGGUCGAACUCCUUAUUUUGAUCCGGCUAUUGGCCUUGCACCACAUGAAGGAACGGUACAAUUCAUAUUAUUAAAUAAUCUUUUUAUGCGAAUAUGGGAAGAACGAUUUAAAAUGUGGAUGAUUGAAUUACAAAAUGUUUAUAGUCAUCAAUUGCCACGAAUGGGACGAGAUUACAUAACUCGUUUGGUGUUUGAUCCUCGACAUAUUACAUUGAUGCUUAUCAAAGAUGGAUGCAAAGUGAUUGGUGGCAUUACUUUUCGUCCAUUUCAAACUCAAAAUUUUUCCGAAAUCGUUUUCUGUGCUGUAAGUUCGAAUGAACAGGUCAAAGGUUACGGUACACGUAUGAUGAACUAUCUGAAAGAUUAUCAUCUUUAUCAAGAAAUUUAUUAUUUUCUCACCUAUGCCGAUGAGAAUGCCAUUGGUUAUUUCAUGAAACAAGGCUUUACAGAAGAUAUACAAAUGCCUAGAGAACAAUACUAUGGUUUCAUUAAAGAAUAUGAUGGAGCUACACUUAUGGAAUGUAAGCUUAAUGCGCGAAUAUCUUAUAAUGCUAUCAAUCAGGUAAUGCGAAUGCAGGCUAAAGUUGUACAACGUCUAAUCGAAUGUCGACAGCAAAAAAAUCAUCACUCAUUUCACUAUGAUUUUCAAUCUAGUAAAAGUCGUAUCAUACCAUUGGAAUUUAUUCAUUCUAUGAAUAAAAAUAAUGUCAAAAUUGAUUUCGGUAACAGUGAUUUUACUGAUCAUAGUGAACGAUUGUUUCCAACACUUAAAGUUAUUCUACAACAGAUUAAAACGCAUCAUUCAGCAUAUCCGUUUGUAAAACCAGUGGAUGAACAAAAAGCACCGAAUUAUUAUAAAACGGUACGUUUUCCAAUGAAUCUACAAAUGAUGAUGGAACGAUUAAAAAAUCGUUAUUAUUGCAAUGUACAUCUUUUUAAUUGUGAUAUGACACGUAUAUUUAUUAAUUGUCGUAGCUAUUAUGAAAUUGAUACAAUUGAAUAUCGUUGCGCAAAUGUACUCGAACGUUAUUAUAUUAAUAAGAUGAAAAAACAUAAUUUACAUGUUGAAACAAAUAAUUAAUUGUAACCGAACUAAACAGUGAAAAUAUUCAGUCAACUUUGAUCUCAAUUUGAUUUGAUCUUUUUUUCAUGUUGUAAAUUGAA